AUGACGAAGGGACUUCAGCUGCAGGAGAAAAGCGAAUCGGAGCCAGAUUUAGCGGAGAAGCGCGCCGCGCAAACACCACCGCGGGUGCAGAUGAUGCUAAAGGCGGCCUGGUCGGAGAAAACCCGCAUCGAAACGAAAGCAAACAAUGGACAGGAUAUCGUCGCCGGGAGCGAAAUUGGAUUAUCAGGUGACCGACGACCAGUUGCGGUCGGUGUGCUUCCCUAUCACCCCUAUCUUGACCGAUAA